AUGCAGAUCGGCAUCUAUACCAUCCUCGUGGCCUGCCUCGCCGGCACCGGAUUCGCCGCCCCUCUCGACGCCCGUCAGACUGAGGACCUCGCUAACGAUGUGAGCGAUGUUGCCGGCAUGGCUACAGACAUGGCCAGUGGUGCUGUCGACGGCGCCGUUGGAACAGCCACCGGUGUCGUUGAGGGAGCUACCGGUGCCCUGAGCGGCUUGGGCGACCCUGUCAAGGGAGCUACUGGUGCCCUGGGUGGCUUGGGUGACACUGUCGGCGGAGCUACUGGUCCCUUGAGCGGCCUGGGCGAUACCGUCCGCGGAGCAACCGAUACCCUAGGCGGGCUCACAGGUUCCUCAGGAAGCACAGGCGGUCUGGGCGGUCUCCUUGGAGGACUUACUGGCCGCGAUGAAAUGGGCGAUGGCGGCGCCGAUGGUGAUACCGACGAUAUGGAUCAAGGCGGUAUGGAGGACGCUGAGGAUACGGCUGGAUCCGCUGGCGACGCCGCCAGUGGUGCCCUCAUGGGCGCCACAGGCGCUGCUGGCUCUCUCACCUCGGGCCUAGGGGGUUUGGGUGGCGCCUCGGAUGCUCUGUCGGGCCUCACUGGCUCUGUCGGAGGGUUGACAAACGGCGCCGGCAGCUCAGGCGGCUCCGACCUUCUCGGCGGCCUGCUUGGCGGUCUCCUUGGCCAGAAGAUGGCCGAGAUGGAGCAAAUGAACAACGAGAAGCGACAACUCGACGCCGUGUCGGGCCUGGCUGGCGGCCUUACGGGCGGCAGUGGCAGCCCUCUCGAUACUCUCUCUGGAUUGCCAGUCCUCGGCCCUCUGCUUAGUAGCCUCCUUGGCCAGAAACUGGCCGAGAUGGAGCAAAUGAACAACGAGAAGCGACAACUCGACGCCGUGUCGGGCCUGGCUGGCGGCCUUACGGGCGGCAGUGGCAGCCCUCUCGAUACACUCUCUGGAUUGCCAGGCCUCGGCCCUCUGCUCAGUAGCCUCCUUGGUCAGAAGCUGACCGAGAUGGAGCAAAUGAACAACGAGAAGCGACAACUCGACGCCGUGUCGGGCCUGGCUGGCGGCCUUACGGGCGGCAGUGGCAGCCCUCUCGAUACACUCUCUGGAUUGCCAGGCCUCGGCCCUCUGCUCAGUAGCCUCCUUGGUCAGAAGCUGACCGAGAUGGAGCAAAUGAACAACGAGAAGCGACAACUCGACGCCGUGUCGGGCCUGGCUGGCGGCCUUACGGGCGGCAGUGGCAGCCCUCUCGAUACACUCUCUGGAUUGCCAGGCCUCGGCCCUCUGCUCAGUAGCCUCCUUGGUCAGAAGCUGACCGAGAUGGAGCAAAUGAACAACGAGAAGCGACAACUCGCCGCCGUGUCGGGCCUGGCUGGCGGCCUCACGGGAGGCGACAGCAAGGGCCUUCUUGGUCUUGGACUCCUUGGCAUUCUUCGCAGGGCUGCGGAGAACGAGCAGAUGCAGAACUAG